UCUGUAGUGUAAGAAAUGGUUGUGCUCCCUCCCUGUAUGGGGCUUAUUCACAAGAGCGGUCUUUGUAUGUUCCAGGGCGCCCAGGUGUGGAGUUACUUUGAAGGACACUUGGUGACUGGUUACCCGCGUCUGAUUAGUCAGGAGUUUCCAGGGGUUCCAGACCACCUAGACGCUGCUGUGGAGUGCCACCAGGGGGAGUGCAGAACAGACAGCAUUAUAUUCUUCAAAGGUGACACGGUGUAUAUAUACAGUGCUCAGGAAGAUCCCCCUUUGAAGCAGCGCCGCUGGACCGCGCUCGGUAACUGCACCGCCGCAGUGAGGUGGCUGGAGAGAUAUUAUUGUUUCAAUGGCGUCAGUUUCAACCGGUUUGAUCCAGUGACUGGACAGCUGCUGUCACCGCGACCGCUGGACACACGAGACUACUUUGUGAGGUGCCCGGGCAGAGGACACGCACACGCCGCCCGGCAGAAUGCCACGCUAAUGUCCAUCAAGGACCGCUGCAGCAAUCGAUCCUUCGAGGCUUUCAGCUCAGAUGACAAGUCCCGGACGUACGCGUUCCGAGGAGGCUGGUACUUCCGCCUGGACAGCAGUAAGGACGGCUGGCACGCUUGGCCUGUCACCCACUCCUGGAGGAACUUGCAGGGUGUUGUGGACGCUGCUUUCUCCUUUGAGAACCGGAUGUACUUUAUCCAGGGUUCCCAGGUCAGUGUGUACUCCGCAUAUCAGAUCUACAUCCCAAUAGCCGGGUAUCCAAAGCCCAUUAAGGAGGAGUGGGAGCUGCCGGGUGUGACGGGCGUGGAUGCGGCUUUCACCUGCCCCUCCUCCAGCGACUUAUAUAUCAUUACAGGGAACAAGCUGACCCUGGUGGACCUGAUCACCCGCAAGCGUUCUGGCCAGGUGAAGACCAUCAUUCACGCAGAGGUGGACAGUGCGAUGUGCGGUCCUCAUGGGCUUUAUCUCUUCCACGGCCCAUCAUUUUACCACUACAAGAACGUGCAGGAACUGCUGAGCUCGGCUGAGGCCCCGGCGCCUGGGAACAUUGCUUCUAGUUUUCUAGAUUGCUAGAACCGAGUCUCCUAUACAUGACUAUAUGUGACGUCCCUGCCCAACACACCGCUGACCCCCCCAUACUGUACCAGCGACUCGCCCAUUGCCUGUUUAUAGACAUGUAGUGACCGAUGGCGCCUGUGCCCUGGUCAGCCGCAUUGUGUUUGUAUGAGUGGUUGUUCCUCCUGGGGCCGCCCGUGGAAAUGAAAUGAAGCAGCCGUUUAUAUAUCAGAUUUAUUGGAAAGGUGAUUAAAGUAAUAAAAUAAAUACGAUACAACA